AUGGAUCAAUCGCAUUUCCUACGACUUCCAGCAGAGAUCAGAGAACUCAUCUAUGAAUAUUUAUUGAAUAGCAAGACAGAAAUGUACCUACCCACCCCAAAGGAUCCCAUUAAGCGUAGGAAUUGGCAAGAAAACUAUCGAAGAGUCAUUCCUCCAAGGCUCUCAUCUACUGGUAGCAGGCAGCAGGCCGCUAUCGAUGAUCUGGACUGGGAGACAAAGCGCGUUGAGCCCAAUUUUAUCUCGUUCACUUGCAGAGAAAAGCGUACGAUUUUCCUGGGAGAAGAUGGACAUGCAUUCAGCAAUUCUCCGCUCGCAUGUGUCAAUCGUCAAUUGAGAAGAGAAGUCACUGGAUAUCUUCACCUUUGUGCGGAGGAAGUCAUUGCACAAGUCUUGAAUUUCGACUUUGACAAUAUUAUCCACUACCUGGCGAGUCUACCAGCUACACAACAAGCCGGGUUCGGAGUAUCGCGCAGUGGCACGUACGAGAAGCUGCUCCGGAUUGAGAUAUGUUGGCCUUAUGACGAAACUUGCCGGGCCAAUCUCGAAAGGUGGCUGAAUUACCUGGGAGGAUUUGUUGGAGCGGAUGGAGAGCUUGCCGUUGUCUUGAAGAUGAAUUGGUCUAAGCUACAAUUCCUUACGGGCAAGGCGGAAUUGAAGCUACGGAUGUCUGAGCUACAGCUCGCCCAUGAAGGUCGGUCAAAAGGACCAGCCAAGUUGGAACUUUACCGGCUGAUGUGUGCAUUCCAAUGUACCAAGGACCGGCUUUCGCUCUCCUAA